AUGCCUAGAAAAGUAUACGUCGUUGGCGUCGGUAUGACGAAUUUUAUUAAGCCUGGUAGUGAUAGUGAUUAUCCCGAGUUAGGUAAGGAGGCCGUACUUGCAGCCCUUGCCGGCGCAUGUAUCAAAUAUGAUGAUGUUCAACAAGCUGUGUGUGGAUACGUGUUCGGGGACUCGACUUGCGGGCAGCGAGUGUUAUACCAGGUUGGUAUGACCGGCAUUCCUAUCCACAACGUGAACAAUAAUGCCGCCACUGGCUCUAGUGCACUGUUUUUGGCCAAACAACUCAUUGAAGGUGGCAUAUCCGAUGUAAUUCUAGCCGUAGGGUUCGAGAAAAUGCAACCAACAUUAAGUCCUACCAACUUUAGAGAUAGAACCCACCCAUUGGACAGAUUCUUACAAAAGAUGACAGAGAUGACUGAACUUGUAGAGGCUCCCAUUACUGCACAAGGUUUUGGAAAUGCUGCAAUGGAACACAUGAAGAAGUAUGGCACAACGGAAAUCCAUCUUGCCAAAAUUGCUGCAAAGAAUUACCGACAUGCUUCUAAAAACCCUAAGGCGCAAGGAAAAUGUGACUACACUGUCGAAGAAGUCUUGAAAUCUAGAAGAAUCUAUGGCCCUCUUACUAAGCUUGAGUGUUGCCCCACUAGUGAUGGUGCUGGUGCUGCUGUUCUCAUGUCUGAGGAAGCUGUAAUCAAAUAUGGCCUACAGUCAAGGGCUGUAGAAAUUCUUGGUAUGGAAAUGGUCACUGAUACACCUGAAUUAUUCACUGAGAAUAGUUUCAUGACUCUCACUGGUUACAAUAUGACAUCUUUGGCAGCUCAGCGCAUAUACCAAAAAACUGGAAUAUCACCAAAGCAAGUGGAUGUUGUUGAACUGCAUGAUUGCUUUGCCGCUAAUGAGAUGGUCACAUAUGAAGGUUUGCAGUUAUGUGGGGUUGGUGAAGCAGGCAAGUUUAUUGAUGCAGGUGAUAACACAUACGGUGGCAGAGUAGUUGUGAACCCAAGUGGAGGCUUGAUAGCUAAGGGUCAUCCACUGGGAGCAACUGGUCUGGCGCAGUGUGCUGAGCUAGUGUGGCAACUUCGUGGUGAGGCUGGAGAAAGACAGGUUUGUUAUAAUAUUGAGUGUACUUUGCUUGGGAUGCAUAUUUUACAUCAGGCUAUGGGAUUCACUUGUAAAUACCAUUUUCUAUACACUCAGCAUUUACUAUUUGGUAUUCUGGUAAAAUAA